CCCCCCUACUCUCUCUCAUAGCACUAUCUACGAAUCUGCAAAAGUAGUGUAAUUAGCGUGUGCUUUAUGUCAUCACCGCGUGAAACAAACAUGUGGCGUGAACCUCAAUCGCCGAUCACCUAUAUAUACACACUCAUCCAAAUCCUCAUUAACCCUAAUCCACCACCAACAAAUAUCUUACAAACUUAUAGAUAUGGUGAUGGGGAACUACAGAGUAUGCUAUUGUUUCAUCAGAAAAUUCAAAGCAACACAGCCUGAUCCACCGGCUGACGUCAUAUCAGCGUUCAACAAGUAUUCCGGCGACGGAAUUCGCAUGACGGCAGAUCAGCUCCGGCGCUUUCUGGAGGAUAAUCACGGCGGAGAUGACGCCGAUUUGCUUUCCGAUGCUGAAAGGAUUGUUGAUCAGAUAGUUAGCAAGCGGAAGCUUCUAGAAAGGUCGAUUAGCAGGAGAUCUCUCUCGUUGGAAGAUUUUCAUGAUUUUUUGUUCAGUACUGAGCUUAAUCCGCCGAUUAGAUCUCAGGUUCACCAGGAUAUGACUGCUCCCUUGUCUCAUUACUUUAUAUACACCGGCCACAAUUCAUACUUGACUGGGAACCAAUUAAGUAGUAGUUCUAGUGAAAAACCGAUCAUCAAAGCACUUAAACGAGGCGUGAGAGUCAUUGAACUUGAUCUAUGGCCUAACUCAUCAAAAGAUGAUAUUCAUGUUCUUCAUGGAAGGACCCUGACAAGCCCAGUAAACCUCAUGGAGUGUUUAAAAGCAAUCAAAGAGUAUGCAUUUGUGGCUUCUCCUUAUCCAGUCAUCAUAACAUUUGAAGAUCACCUUACAUCUGAUCUUCAAGCCAAAGUAGCUAAGAUGGUCACUGAAACAUUUGGGUCGAUGCUAUUUUCCCCAGAAUCAGAUAACCUUGAAGAACUCCCGACACCUGAAAACUUGAAAAAUCGAAUCCUGAUUUCAACAAAACCUCCAAAAGAGUGCGUUGAAGCCGAAGAUGUUAAAUGUAGUAGUUCAGAAAAGAGACAGGUUUUUUAUGUUGAUGACGGUGAUGAUGCUUGGAGUGAAGACGGAAGUUCUAAGUCUGGAAGUGACUGCAGUGACCAAGAUGUUGAGACUGAAGAUUUGUUAAAGGGAAAUAAACCCUCUUCGUCUCCUGUUUACAAGAAGCUAAUUGCGAUUCAUGCUGGCAAACCCAAAAAAGGAUUAAAGGAUGCACUUAAAGUUGAAAAGGACAAAGUUAGACGCCUAAGUUUGGCAGAACAAGCACUUGAAAAGGCUGCAGAAAAUCAUGGACAGGAUGUGGUGAGGUUCACAGAGAAGAAUAUUCUUAGGAUUUAUCCCAAAGGAACUCGUAUUACGUCCUCCAAUUACAAGCCGCUAAUUUGUUGGCUACAUGGAGCUCAGAUGGUUGCAUUUAAUAUGCAGGGAUAUGGUAGAUCACUCUGGUUAAUGCAUGGAAUGUUCAGAGCUAACGGGAAUUGUGGUUAUGUGAAAAAACCGGAUUUUUUGAUGUCUAAGAAUGAGGUGUUUGAUCCAAAAGCAAAGCUUCCACCCAAGACAUCCUUAAAGGUGAAAAUUUAUAUGGGCGAUGGAUGGCAUUUGGAUUUUAAGAAAUCUCAUUUCGAUAAAUACUCCCCUCCAGAUUUCUACACCAGGGUUGGUAUUGCUGGAGCGUCUGUUGAUAACAUUAUGAAAAGGACCAAGAUUAAGGACGACAGCUGGACACCUGUCUGGAAUGAAGAGUUUACAUUUCCAUUAGCCGUUCCAGAGUUAGCUUUACUAAGAAUUGAAGUGCAUGAUAGCAACGUGCCUGAAAAAGAUACGUUUGCUGGCCAACUGUGCCUGCCUGUUUCAGAGUUGAGGCCAGGAAUCCGUGCAAUCCCACUAUGUAACCGCAAAGGUGAUCAAUAUGCAUCAGCAAGGUUACUCAUGCGGUUUGAGUUCAUAUAAAAUAUGUAUUAUUAAUGUAGACUAGAUCAUUAUUUAUUUUUGGAAAUCGGGAAAGAAUUGUAAUAUUUCAAUUUUGAAAUAAAACAUCUGUAUAUAUUGUGAAAAAAAAAAAUCGAUUAAAUUUUGUUCAG